AUGAAUUCUAUUGAAAAAAAUAUUAAUCAUGAUCAUAUCUAUUCAUUAAAUUUUGAAAGAGAAAAAGAUUGUAAUCAAAUGAAAAAUUCAUCAAAUAAAAAUGAUAAUUCAUCAUAUAAUCGUCGUCGAAUAAUUCGUAAAAAAUGUGAUAUUCAAACUGAUGAAGAUCGUGAAGACUAUAAUCGACGACGAAUGUUAAAUAAUACAUCAUGUCGAAUUUCUCGUAUGUCUCGUCGUUCAAAAUUAGAUUCUAUGAUAGAAAAAUGUACUGAAUACGAAGAUUUAAAUAGAAAAUUAAUAUUUCAAAAAUUAAUUAUUAUACAAGUCAUUAAUCAAUUGAAAGAACAUUUACGAACAUUAGUUCCAAAUAAUAUGAAAUAA